AUGUAUAAAACUAUUAUGAAAAAAAUUUCUUAUAGAACGGCUGGUUAUUUCCCAUAUGCUGGCUUUUAUGGAGGUUAUCCAGGGUAUUUUGGCCUAGGCGCUCCACUUGCUUAUGAGACUUACCCAUUCGGGUAUGACUACGGAUAUCCUUUUGGCUAUGUAAGUCAACUAGUCUAUUUAUGUAGAGUCAACAGCAGGAUAUAAAA